GACUUCCCUUAAAAUUAUCCAAAAUGGAGCUGCCGCUGCCUCUUACAACGUAUUCUUUUAAAAGAUCGAUGCAGAGAACCAGGAUUUUAAUUGUUUUAUUCUCAAUGGUUUUAUUCACAGCCAUGCUGGGCCUUCUACAGCUGAAAUUUGUAAAGCCCAAAGUCAAAGACUUUUAUUCCUUCGAAGUGAAGGAUUCAAAAGGGAGGGUCAUUUCCUUGGAGAAGUACAGAGGCAAAGCAUCUCUGGUUGUAAACGUGGCGAGUCACUGCCAGCACACAGAAAAAAAUUACAUCAUGCUGCAAGAACUACACAAAGAGUUGGGGCCAUACCACUUCACAGUGCUGGCUUUCCCCUGCAAUCAGUUUGGGGAAUCAGAACCAGGCACAAACAAGGAGAUUGCAUAUUUUGCAAAAUCAAACUAUGGAGUAACUUUCCCCAUUUUCAACAAAAUUAAGAUUCUGGGAUCUGAAGCAUCACCAGCAUUUAAAUUUGUGAUGGAUUCCUCCAAGAAAUCACCUAAGUGGAAUUUCUGGAAGUAUCUCAUCAGCCCUGAAGGCGAAGUUGUGAAGUUCUGGAGACCUGAGGAGCCCAUAGAAAGCAUCAAGCCAGAUAUAGCUGCUCUGAUUAGGCAAAUUAUUUUGAAAAAGAAAGAGGACCUUUGAGGAGGCCAUUCUGUCUUAUGAAUUUUAUAUUGCAACAUCUCUCUACAGCCUUAGUACAUUCCUGCUCAACAAUGGUAGAAGCUGGACAAUCAGUGGUUUUUUGGUGGAUAAAUUUCAUUGCCACUUUGGACAGAAACUCUUCUGUUAAAACCAGCUAUUUAAACCUGCUGAGUGCAAGUGAAGCAAACAGGCAUAUCAAGCCACUCAGCGCUUUACAGAACUGAGCCCUGGAUAUUCCCUGGAAAACUGCAUGACCAAUUCAUGAAGCAUUUUGAAAAGACAGAGUCUACAAUGAACAUGAUACUGAACAAGAAUAGUUGAGGGGCUUCCCAAAACCAAUAGCUGCUAUGCUUAUACAUGUAAUAAAUACUGGUUACCUAUAUUAGGGUCACCCAAAGGAAUUUCUAGAAAGCUGUGUCUAUGUCAUGGCUCAAUAUUAGCAGCAAGCCAAAUACUUGGGAGCCAUUUCCAUAGUGUUCCCAAUACAUAUUAUUGCACAAAGCCUUGAAGUUUCCUAGGUCAGCUCCAACCCUGAUCCUAUGAUAACUCUCUGCAAAUGGCAUUUUAUGAAAGUUGGGCUACUGCCCACUAUUUUGACCCAGGCAACAAAGAGUGCACCUGAAAAGCCUCUGGGAUGUGUCCUAACUGCAUAUUAGCAUUUGCUCUUCAGAAGCAAACAGAAACUGGCAUCAUGACCAACACAUGGGGCAUUGCAUAUGAAGAGAGAGUGUACGAUGAAAGUCCUCAGAGUCGUAAUUCACAAUUCUAUUAUGCAGGAGUUGCAAAUAAAGAGGAAGGUAACAGCAGUCAAUCUUUAUGCACUGGCCAUAUUUUAAAGAUUGACCAUGGAUUUUAAGGAAUGACCAUGACUCAUUCCUGCAUAAGGAGAGGCAUAGGCAAAGGACUACUUGGCCCCUUCCCUCACAAGUGAACAGCAGCAGACGCUUUGGCAGGACCCUCCCCUUACACACCUCACUUGCUACUCCAACAGAAGCCCAGUUGCUGGUCACACGAUGAGGAGGCAGAGACAGAGCCCUCUGCCUGUUUCUUGAAGCAAGUAAGUGAAAGCACAUAAGGAGAGAACUUGCUUGAAGCAUCUGUUGCCAUUCACAGUGAGGAUAGUGGCUUAAAGGGCCUUUCCUUGUGGUUUAAGCUUACACAAAAGGAAGAAAAGCACAUGAAGAGGCGCAUUGGGGAACUGCUCUUAGGCUUGGAGGCUAUGUAGGAAGCAGAUAAGAAGCCCAAGGGGGCAGACCGAAUCCCAAAGACACCAGUUGCUCAUCUCCAAAAUAAUCUAAUAAAAUAUCCUGUAUUUCCUAUCAGGUUUCUUUUUAAAAGGGGGGUGGGGUGACAUCCAGAGCAACGAACUAUUUGUGGGAAGACUUUGUGGUAACGCAAAACUUUUGUGUUAGCUAGUAGCACUAAGUCGGGAGCUUGCAUUCCAGACUAGUGUUGCACCACCAGAAGCAUGCUUGCUUGCGGUUGUACAACAGUUGCACACUGCGGCACACCUCGUUUAUUUCAAUAGGAAAUUUUGUGCAAGAGCACUAGAGCACAAUGGCAGUCUGGCGCAAUCACUGUUUUAGCAUAACUAAGCCAUACACAUGUGCUAGUGCGAUAGUGCUCAUUCUGCAAUCAGUUCAUUGCUCUAGAUGUCAGCUACUAGUUGCCAAAUAUGAAGGUUUUGUGACAUUUUCCAACCUUUGAGUUAUUCGGUUUAAAAUUGUAUACUACUGAAAUAUGCUAGCUUUGUAUCAACAGCAGGAAAUUGAUGCAUUGUGGGAAAAAUAACAAAAAAAAUGCAAAUAGCUUUAUGAAGAUGCUUUAUUUUUAAAGAGAGAAUAAUCCAAGUC